GCCCCCCAAAAGUUGGAUCCUGGUUUCACGGUCGCACAAGGAGGUCACAUGGGCAUGGGCAGGAGGAGGCGCUAUGCCAUCAACCCGCUGGGUUAUAAAUGGGACCAUGUUAAUCUGACCUAUAAGAUCGUGCAGUUCCCCAGCACGCUGAACAAAGGUGACACAGAGAGAGCCAUUGCCGCUGCCUUCCGCAUGUGGAGCGACGUCUCGCCCCUCAGCUUCCGGCGCCUGCUCCCUGACCAGCCGGCUGACAUCACCAUAGGCUUCUACAGCUUUAACCACAGUGACUGCUGGUUCUCCCCGCGGCACCCCUGCUUUGAUGGGCUGAACGGGGAGCUGGCCCACGCCUUCCUGCCGCCCCGGGGCGAGAUCCAUUUUGACAACCACGAGUUCUGGAUCCUGGGCCGCUCGCACUUCAACUGGAAACAAGGGGUCUGGCUGAAUGACCUGGUCCAGGUGGCAGCUCAUGAGAUCGGCCAUGCCCUGGGCCUGUGGCAUUCACGGGACGUCCGCGCGCUCAUGCACCCAAACGCCACCUACAGCAGGACGUGGCGCAUCAGCCAGGAUGACGUCUGGGCCGUUCAGCGACUGUACGGCUGCGUGGAUGAGAAGCGGCAAUGUGAGCCUUGGGCCCGGCUGGGAUUCUGCAUGCGCCGGCGCGCCUUCAUGAAGAGGCACUGCCCCAAAAUCUGCAACGCCUGCUUUGAGCCACCUGCUGUCUCCUCCUCCCCCUCUGUGCGGCCCCCCCACAUUCACACCAAGUACAUCUCUGAAGGGAGAGUCCUAACCUUCCGCUGUGGGCUGAACUCCUCCAGGCCACAGCUGCAAGUCAGCUGGUACAAAGAUGGGGAGCGUCUUUCACGCUCUGUUCCCGGCUUUGAGUUGCUGCCGCGCCAGGAGCUGCGCGUUCGUGCCACCGAGUUCAGCGAAGGGCAGUACACAUGCUUGAUCCGCCACGCCAGCAGGAUCCUCCGGGCCAAUUCUUGGCAGAUAAAGCUCAAGGCCAGGAGCCCUUCCUCCCACAAGCAACCAGGGCUCCGAAGGGACAUGCAGGGAAAUGCACGUGCCUGAUUCAUAGGGCAAGGGAUGUAUGUACAAUUGUGAGCAUGUGCCCCAGGGCUCUGUGUGGGGACAGUAUCGUCCCUGUUCUUCACAGCAGUCUCAUUGCUCGGGUGUCUCGUCACUCAGCAUCCUGGCCCAUCUCCUCUGCUUCCUCCUCAUCCUGGUCACUUAAACCAGGGCUGGCCAAAUAGCAGAGAGUUCAGUGCCAGGACCCUGCUCCUUUCAUUGACCCAUUCCUAGUGCUGGCAGGAGCUAUUCACUAUUCCCGGACUAGGGCAGCGAUCUCCUGCUGGGAGGAGGUGAGGGUAAGAUUAUCUGCCUGCUUCCCCAGGCCCUCUGCUUGCUUUCAUUGGUGUCUGUGAGCAUGCCCACUUCCCCCUCCUAUGCACCUCAAC